CUGAGCUGUCACACAACACAACUCCAAAAUUAUAAAAUGGCGGGCGAUUUUAGUUUGAUUCAGUUUUACAGCUUAGCGGUUAUUUUGAGCCUGAUCUGUUCGACUCUGUCCUCAAGUACUGAAGGAAAGGUUAAAGAAUUAACUGAUGCGAAUUGGGACGAGGUACUUGAAGGCGAAUGGAUGAUAAAAUUCUAUGCUCCAUGGUGCCCAGCCUGCCAACAUGUGGCACCAAUAUGGUCAGCAUUUGCUGUCAAGUCCCAGCAGUUAGGGAUUAAUGUUGCUGAAGUGGAUGUAACCCAGCAAUCAGCUCUUAGUGGAAGAUUUAUGGUCUCAUCAUUACCAACUAUUUACCAUGUAAAGGAUGGUCGGUUUUGCAAGUUUGAAGGAUCACGAUCGCUAGACGGUUUUGAAUCCUUCAUUAUUGACGAAAAAUGGCAUCAAGUGGACCCCAUUCCAUGGUGGAAAUCACCUGGGUCAUAUUUAAUGAGUGCCCUUGGCAUUUUGUUCAAGAUGUCCAUGCUUCUUAUGAAAGCCCAUGAUGCACUGACAAUAACUUAUGGCCUGCCUUCCUACGUAUCAUAUGCCAUAUUUGGAGUGUGCACAGUAGGAUUAGGGCUUUGUUUAGGCCUGGUUCUUGUUUGUGUAUCGGAGUAUUUAUUUGGAGGUCAAGCUGAUCACCAAGAAAAGAAAAGAAAACCAACUGUGGAGAAGGCAGCAGAAGGGGAGGAAAGUAAAAAGGAGGAAGACAACAAGGAAGACAGUGGCCCAGUUAGGAAGAGGAAAAUACAAGCAUCAACAGAUUGAUGGACUUAUUUUUGAUAAGUUGAGGUAUAGAAAAUUGUUAGACAAGUUACAGUAAACAGUAAUAAGGUAUUUGGUAUAAAGGCAGCGACAGUGUACAGUGUAAUGUAUUUUGAUGCAGCUGUUUUUACUUUUUUCUGUAAAACACUGGGUUACAGUACUUGUGUACAGGUUUGAAUAAAAAAAAACACUCUACUACAGUA